AUGAACUACGACUUUACCGAAAAAUCAGAGCAGACCCUUGCGGCUGCGAUUCAACUGGCAAAAGACCAUGCCCACUCCCAAGUCCAGCCCGUUCACUUCGCAUCAGCAAUGCUGAACGAAGAUGCUGGACUCUCUCCACCAGGCGCGCUCCCAAAGCCUGCCGGUCAAGGAGGAUCCCUGUUCGUUCAGGCCAUCCAGAAAGCCGGUGGUGAUCAGACUCUCGUAGCCCGAGCUAUCCAGCGACAAUUAGUUCGCCUACCUUCCCAAGAUCCACCCCCGGAAGAGAUUUCACUGAGUCAAGCAUCUCGAAAGGUGCUCCAUGAGGCUCAGAGUCUUCAAAAGACGAUGCACGACUCCUACAUCGCGCAAGAUCAUCUCCUCCUCGCAUUGAUCAAGGAUCCAACAAUCGUUCAAGCGCUCAAGGAAGCCUCUAUAACCGAAGGCGUUAUCAAGACCGUUAUACAACAACUACGAGGCAACCGCCGUGUAGAAAGCAAAAGUGCUGAACAAGGCUUUGACGCCCUUUCCAAAUACGCCACCGACUUGACGGCACUCGCUGAAGAGGGCAAGCUCGACCCGUCAUUGGACGCGACAACGAGAUUCGACGUGUAA